AUGACCGGGCUUCCUUGGCAGUGCCUUAUAAAAGAGGGCAUGCAUGCAGGCAACCGGAGUGUUGUGCUCGUUAAUGAAGGCUUUAUCCGGGCCCAACACGAGGUUGAUAACUUAAAGGCCCAGCUGGAUGCUCAGGGUCGGGAGACGGAGAAGUUCAAACUCCUCCUGCGGGAGAAUGAAGAUCAGCUAACAAAGGCUGAGAACCUUCGUUUAAAGGCCGAGUUAGCCGAUGUGAUUGAAAAGAAUCAGCUCCUGGAAGUGGAUAACAUCGACUUUAGUCGAGACAAUGCAAACUUCGCUUCGAGGCUUGGUGAAUUUGAGGCCACUAUUGCCCAACUUCGGGGUGAACUUGACUCGGUCAAAGCUGAUGCCGAGAAGGUGGCAGAAAGACUUCACCAACUUGAAUUUGAGAGAGCCACCGACAAGGAGAAACUGAGGGUGGCAGAGGAGAAAGCCAAGACUCGAGCUCGGAUCAGUGACGAGCUCAAAAGCAAGCUCGAGGAGGCUACUGCGACCAAUGAUCUACUUCAGGCCGAGUUUGAAUUGAUCUAUCAAGUUCGAAUCGCUCUUCUUGAAAUGAAGUCCGAGCUAGAGGCUAGAUUGAAAAAAGCUGAGGCCGAUCUAGAAGAGUCUCUUAAAGAUAUGGAGGCUGCCGAGGCACGUUCUACGAUUUUGAUCGAGUAUGAACGCUGGAAAUCCCGGUGGGCUACCAGCGAACAAGUUGAAAUAGGCUUGGGGGAAAUCCAGGCCCAGAUACUUGAAGCCAAAAAAGUCGAGGAUAGGGCCAAGAAAGCCCUUGAUGCCGACUCUGAUGACUCCGAGCAGACGAUUUCUGAGAACUCUGGUUCCAACCAUACCGGGUAA